CUACCCGAAAAGCGUCUCUUUUUAGGACCAAGCGGCCCUCUCGACCUCCAUGCUGGCUCUGGCAAGGUACCAAGUAGCACAAGUGCCGACUAGCCAAUGGGGUUGAGGGGGAGGUCCCUGAGCUCUGACCAGUCAAACACACUCUCCUUCCUUAUAUGGCAGCACAUCUCCAUGGUAACGUGUGCUAAGUUGCAGCAGUCGUGUCAAAGUUCACUAUAUAGAGAGCUCAGUGAGCUGAUCAGAGAGAAAGCACUCUGCCAGCCCGGCUCCUACCAAUCGCAAAUCACUUCCUAACCUCCGCCUUUUUAACAUAUUUGAUCACUUUGAUUCUCCACUUCUUUUUCCUAUUAUUUUUCAGUGCACGGAGGAGGUUUGUAGGUUGUGAUCUUUGUUUUUUUUUUUUUUAGGUUUUUUGUUUUGUUUUUAGUACAUUCGCUUUUUUUUUUUUUUUUUUUCUUCGGUGGGGGAAGAGUUGUCUUCAUAUCCCAAGCUCUCAAAACAUUGGCUUCAGCUGCGCGCUUGCUGGCGCUGCCUCACAAGGAGAAAAAGGAAGAAGACGCGAUUUUUUUUACCCAGUUGGUGAUUUUCUCCAAGACUUGUGCUGGAACUUGAUAGUCGCUGCUCACCGAUUGUUUCGCGCUGCUGCGGGCACGGUGCGACCAACCUGCUCCAUCACUGACUCCACAGUCCAUGCUGCCUCGGCUGGGUGUUCUUCUUCUUCUUCUUCUUCUUUUUUUUUAAUAUUUAGCCCACCUUUCCCAUUGAUGGGUGUACUGGAUGGCUGACUGUAAGCGCCCCUGGACUUGGCCUUUAAGCGCAAGGCAGCGACUCAGCUCGCCAUCGCAUCAGUUUUGAAAGCGUGCUUCGUUAUCGCCUCCAACAAGCAAUAAAUCGACAGUUUUUUUUUUCGGGAGACCCGGAGUGGAUUCAUCGUAGGCUAGAUUUGACAUUCUGUGUGUCCGGCUGUUUAUUGUCAGUUUGCCGCGUUUCCUUGAGACAUUCUCCACCGCGACACCAAAACGGCAGACAAAAAGUUUCUUUACGUUGACUGAUAGAUAUGGCAAUGGUAGUGUGGAGAGGCUCCCAGGACGAUGUGGCUGACACCCAAGGCACCCUUUCCUCGCAGACCCAAGGAGGACUAUCCCUUCCCACCCCUCAACCAGGCCAGUUGAAUCUGACAACCUCUCAUGUCGCCCCUCCGACCCCUCAGACUCCGGUCCAAGGACCCCCGAACAACAACACACAGUCCACGCCGACGAACCAGACGACGCAGCAGUCGGAGAAGCAGCCGCAGCACAUCGAGUGCGUGGUCUGCGGGGAUAAAUCGAGUGGCAAACACUACGGCCAGUUUACUUGCGAGGGGUGCAAAAGCUUCUUCAAACGGAGCGUACGACGGAACCUCACAUACACAUGCCGUGCCAACAGGAAUUGUCCAAUCGACCAACACCACCGCAAUCAGUGUCAGUACUGCCGCCUCAAAAAAUGCCUUAAAGUCGGCAUGAGACGGGAAGUUUCUCUUUUUACUGCAGCCGUGCAAAGGGGACGGGUGCCACCCACACAGCCACACCACGGUCAGUUCGCCUUGACAAAUGGAGACCCACUCCACUGCCAUUCCUACUUAUCCGGAUAUAUCUCUCUUCUGCUGAGAGCGGAGCCCUACCCGACGUCCCGGUAUGGCAGUCAGUGCAUGCAGCCCAACAACAUAAUGGGCAUCGAGAACAUUUGUGAACUAGCAGCCAGGAUGCUCUUCAGUGCCGUGGAGUGGGCCAGGAAUAUUCCCUUCUUUCCAGACCUUCAGAUCACCGACCAGGUGGCUCUGCUGAGGUUGACGUGGAGUGAGUUAUUUGUGCUCAACGCGGCGCAGUGCUCCAUGCCCCUGCAUGUGGCUCCUCUCCUGGCGGCGGCUGGCCUUCAUGCCUCCCCCAUGUCUGCGGACAGAGUGGUGGCCUUCAUGGACCACAUUAGGAUCUUCCAAGAACAAGUGGAGAAGCUCAAAGCUUUGCACGUUGACUCUGCUGAAUAUAGCUGCUUAAAGGCAAUUGUGCUCUUCACCACAGAUGCUUGUGGCCUCUCAGAUGUGGCCCAUGUGGAAAGUUUGCAGGAGAAGUCCCAGUGCGCCCUGGAGGAAUAUGUCCGGAGCCAGUAUCCCAACCAGCCCACACGGUUUGGGAAGUUGUUACUCCGCUUGCCUUCCCUCCGCACAGUCUCUUCCUCGGUCAUAGAACAAUUAUUUUUCGUCCGAUUGGUAGGUAAAACCCCAAUUGAAACUCUCAUCAGGGAUAUGUUGCUGUCGGGGAGCAGUUUUAACUGGCCUUACAUGUCAAUUCAGUAAACCAAGAAGGAGACGAACAAACAAAAGGUGGGGUUGGAGGGAGAAGGUGGGGGGGCUGCGCGAGACUACAAUGAUUAUAGCUGCUUUUGUGGAAGGAAUAAAAAAACCAACCGGCUGUUACACGGGGCUGGCUUUCAUGAAGAAAGACAUUGACGUAAAUGACUGUGAAUUCCCCCCCUACUCCAAAAAAAAAAAAAAAAAAAAAAGGAGAGAAAAGAAAAAAAAUUGAGACAUCCUAUGAACUUUCAAAAUGGCAGAAACAAGCUCCCAGUGUUCAUGCAGAACAACCUGCUCUUAUCCAUUUUUAUAAUGAAAGAAGAAAAUGAGAAAAAAAAGGAAAAGGGGAUUUUGUUGAUCCUUAUGAGGAAGUUUUAAGUAUUAAGUGCAUUUAAAAAUGAAAAUUUGGGUAAAAAAGAAAGCUGGAGAAAGGGAAAAUGCGAAAACGUGAAUUUUUUUUUUCUUUUUCUCAAAUGACUUGUCCUGUGUCCAUGUAUAGCUGUGUUUUGUACUUUCUUUGUUCCUCCUUUCUGGUUCCAAACCGGCCUAUGUGAUUUCUGUAGUACAGGUGGUGUUAUUUUCUAAGACAAUGAUUUAUUUUGGAAGGUGAAAUAAUGUUAAAAUACAAAAAAAAUAAAUAAAUAAAAAUAAAAAUAAAAAAAGUUCUAAAAAGAAUUAAAACCACAGCAAUAGGAGUUAUAGGCUUAAUGAUCUAGGCUUAAUGCUGCAAGCGCACUUAUAUUGUUAGGAUGACCAAUACCAUCUGGGAAAAGGGAGUUUUUUUUUCUUUGGAGUUCAUGUUCAACUUUAUGACCCAGCGGAAACCUUUUACUCUUUAUUACUCUGAAGUUACACGAUCCACUUUUGUUUUCCACUACUGUUUUUUUGGAUUAAAGCUUCACACCCUUACUUCAAAAUUGAAUUUAUCACUUUAAAACUCCUUUACAUAAGGGUUUUUUUUUUAUAUCUGUUGAAUUACAUGGUGCAUAAUUUUCCUCCAACUCUGAAUAUUUGGCACAAGUUCCCCGAUUGGACACAGUUAAAAGGAGAAUUUUACAAGUUGUGAUCGAUGUAUUUCGGACAGGUUGCUCCAAAAUGCGCAAAUGUGCGUUCGUGAGCAGGUUUUUUUUUAAAACACAACUGGCUCGUUUAAGAAAAGAAGUUGGAGAGGUCAAGGGUCAUAAAAGUUGGAAGCCUAGCCAGAGUAGUGUUUAAUAGCAGUAUUAUUAAAGCGUCCCUGAAAUGUCACCCUUUAUUCACUUCAAGCAUUAAGUGCCUGACAAGCAUGAUGUGAUUUCUUAUCAAAGCGUUGUUAAAGUAGGCCUACAACAAUUUUCUUUUUUCUUCUUUCUUUACUUUUUUUUUUUUAUUUUUUGGGGAGGGGAGGGGGGCAUAAAUUAGAUUUGAAACUUCAGUCGUGUUAUUUCAUUUGAAAAACACUGAUUAGAGGCAGUAUUCUUGUAAAUAUAGGUCAAUUCAUUUCAACAAGUUUUUUCCUUUAUACAAAGUAUAUGUGAUUAAGAAAAAUCUGUGGUUGCCAUUUUUUUCUCGGUAAUACAACGUCUUCAAAAUUGAGUGGCAGACUUAGCUAGUAGCACUGAAAGUUAUGUUUUUAAUGUAUAUACAUAUUACUACAAAUGUUUUCUUUUUCAUGUAUAUUUAGACUGUGAAUGCAUGGCCACAGGUCGCUAACCUAUUUUACCUUUGAUAUAUAAAUGUAAAUGUUUUUUCUCUCUUUUUUUUUGUUUUUGUUUAUUGGUUUAUUUUUAUUUUUUAUUUUUUUUUUGGACUGUAUAGAUAUAAUCUGUGCAUUCAGUACACUAGCCCUUGUAUUUAAAGCAACAGAAAAAAAAAAAGAAAAAAGAAACGACGUUCAUUAUUAGGCUACAGACUUAAACAGGGUGAGCAGGUUUGG